CCCAGACCCCUCGCGACAUCCUGCGCAUUCGAGCAAAAUUUUGAUGCGUAAACGGAACGAGUUAUGCUCGGAGGCGAUAAGUCUAUUUUUGCAUUUCACUUCAGACCUACUUCCUGAUCUAUAGCGGAAUUCACUCGUCCAAUGAUUAUUCUAUUGCCCUGAGCAAUGGAUUGCAGUAUGGAUGUAGGCAUGUGGGCACACUAGUGGCAUGAAAUAGAUAUGUGUGACAGCACAGAUGGAGCUAGUUCUGAUGGAGGGGUUAAGUCGAUCACGCUUCCUACCCCUCGCCCUAAGCCACGCCCUCCAGCCAAGCCUUUAAUCCUGCCGAAAUCUUCCACCAUUAGUACCAAGCCGCCAAUCAAACCUAAGCCUGCUGUGAGAAGGGUUCCUCCACCCGCACCCAAGAAAGCACCUGAGGAUGCCACAAGUCCGAAGAGAAAUGAAGCAGCACCACCCCCUGUCAAUGAGGUGCCACCACCACGCCCUGUUAAGCCGAGGCACUUGCAGCAAGAAGAAGUGCUGUCGAGCAAUGUUGAAGUGCAAAAUGAAUCAAAUAAUGGAGUCCUCCCUUGCUCUGGGCCUAUAAGUCAACCAGGAGAGCAAGAAAACCAUUCACAAUCAGUGGAUUGUAAUGAUAAUGAAGAUCAUGUUGAUGAUAUUUAUGAUGAUGUUGAGUCUGUUAUUCCUGAUGAAAAUGAUACUAAAGAGAGUUUAGAUAUAAAGCAGCAGCCACAAAUAAAUAUGUCUUCAAAGUCAAUACCUACUGCUAAACCAAAACAUCCUCCUCCAAAGAAACCACCACCUCAACUUACAAAGCCAUCAACAUCUUCCAAACCCCCCUUACCUUCCAAACCUCCACCAGCUUUACCAAACACUGUGAAACAAGAUACUCCUCAUAACUCUGAAGAUUUAAAGGCUAGUAAUGAGUCACCGUGUGAUGCAACAAGUACUCUAGAGUCUCCAGGGCCAUCACCACGUUUACGCGUCAAGUCAGACAGUGCAAGGGAUGACAUGGUGGAUAGUGCAGUAUCACAAAGGAGAGAAGGGAAAAAGAAACCAGACUUGCCUGCUAAGCCUAAAAUAAUCAUCCCCAAACAAGCCUCUAUGGAUUUAAGAUGCCGGACAGUAACUUCAUCAACAGCUAUUGAUAUUACAGAUACUAUGAAGAAAAAAAGGUUGAAACCGCCAGUGCCACCCCCACCAUACACCCCAAAACAGUCCAAGGCAUCUGUACUGGCAAGAAGAGUCUUGUUUGAGUCUAAUACUAACCAUCGUAUUUUCGAAAAACGAUUCAGCUUACCAAACUUGUCCUCACCACGAUCAAAGAGUAUAAAUAUUGGAGUUUUAGAAUUUCCCUGCCCUGGGAUGAGUAACCCUAGUUACUCAAUGGAAGAGGACGAUGGAUGGCUGCACAUUACCAUAGAUGAUCCUGUUGAGAAAAAACGAAUAGCGACCAGACGCCAGCUGCCUGCCUCCAUGACCGUAGGAGAACCCACCAAAUCAGAUACUCGAAACCGUCGCCCCCCACCCCCUCCCCCCACAGAAGCAGAGGAGAGCAUCUCAAGGGGAUCCCUCCCAGCACCGCCUGUCCCUCAGAAAGGCCUUCCAAGGUCAGGGUCAGCUCAUGGCAGCAGCUCCAAUGAAGGUGUCAAUGUCAUGUCUAAGUCACACUCUACGGAGGAUUUCCGCAGAAGUGCCGAAGAGCAAGCAAUGUAUUCGUACGCCUAUGAGCACGCCUUCCUUCCUCCUCUAGCCCCCUCCUCGGGUCCCACCCCUUCUCCACCACCCACCAAGCCUCAGGAAGACCCCACCCUGUACACAGAACCCUGUGCUAAUGCUGUGGCUGGCUUUAUGGAGGAGCUGAAGAAUAAACCACAGGAGGCGACUUAUGAGGUACCAGCUGACGAAUCUGUGGCGGAAUUUGUGGAAUCUUUAGCUACAAAUAAGCCAAAAAGCAAGACAGAGUCCAUGUAUGAAGUCCCAGCGGAGGAAUCUGUUAAUGGCUUUGUGGAGUCGAUUGCUGCAAAAGGCAGAGAAAGAAGUGCUGACAACAACAAGGCUGGUGGCAACCAAGAUGCCGCAGAGUACAUCGGCAGCAACAGAUGUAGUGAUGAAGUUGACGAUGGUGCAUCCUCCUCUUCAUACGACUCAGAACAUGACUACGAGAUGCCUCCGGAGGAGGACCACCACCCCCCUGAAUUAGCUGGUAUUGCUAAGAAAACCAGGGGGAGUUAUGACAUUACACAGCCUGCGCAGGAUUCUGCUGAGGAGAACGACUAUCUAGAGGUAGUGGGCCACGAGGAUUUCGCGGAACACCACGAGGAAACAUCUAGAGGCUUUGAAACCCCUUCAGAUGAUAGCGAUGAUAGCGGUGAUGAUUAUGAAGAGCCACUGUACCAAGUUUAUGCUGCGCGUACGCUAGAGAGAGACAGAACGCUAAGUCGCGAUGGCAUGACGACAAACGCCCCAGACAUGUCACUAGAGGAGCUGACUCAAGGGACACUAAGGAACAUGCGCAUGCUCUGGUGCGAAUUACCAGAGGUUAUGAAGUCAGGAGUGUUGGAGACUAUCGACCCGACGGAACGCAAACGGCAAGAGGCAAUGUUUGAGGUGAUCACUUCAGAGGCAUCCUACCUCAAGAGCCUCAACAUACUGGGGUCCCACUUCAUGGAUUCACCAGAACUUCAGGCCGAUACCGCUCAGUCGGUAGUAGAGAAAAGCCAGCAAAGAGUGCUAUUUGGCAACGUCAAGGGCGUUCUGGAAGCUAGCGAAAAAUUUCUCACUGCAUUACGCCAGCGUCAAAGAAAGUCAUACGUCAUAUCAACAAUUAGUGACAUCAUUGAGGAACAUGCUACGCAGUAUUUUGACAUCUACAUCAAGUACUGCUCUCAUCAGGUCUACCAAGACAGAAUAUUAAAAGAACUAGGGAAAAACCCACGCUUUGUUGAGGCCGUCAGACGGCUCGAACAGUGUUCCACUGCACAGUGCUUAUCUUUUCAAUCAUUCCUGGUGCUUCCUAUGCAGAGAAUCACCCGGUUACCACUACUUGUCGAUGCAAUAUGCCACCGCUGUGAGGAAGGAAGUGACGAAUUCGUCAGAACGGACAAAGCGUUGAAAUCUAUCAAUAAGGUGGUACACGAUUGCAACGAGGGUGCUCGCAAGAUGGAGAGAAUGGAAGAACUGAUUGCGCUUCAACCCUUGAUAGAAUUCGCCGUCAAGCCCGUGGCACUCGUGUCAUCCAAUCGCUGGCUACUGCGUCGAGGUGAAGUCCUACUUGUUACCGAGGAGUUUAAGAGCCCUUUGAGGAAGAAAAUCAAGACGAAGCCAGUCUACAUGUUCCUGUUUAACGAUUUGCUACUUAUGUGCAAAAAGAAAAGUGAUAUCAAAUAUCGCGUUCUUGACUACGCAAACCGAAAUAUGACCAAGGUGGAAGUAGCUAACGAGCCGUCCAUCCAGAUGAAAUACCUGCUUUCACUCAUUCUCCUGGAGAACUCUAACGGAAAAACCAAGGACUUCCUCAUAUGUGCAGAAAGCGAGACGGAUAAAACUCGAUGGCUCGACGCGUUUAGUCCACCCAAAGCCGAACACGAGGGAGAGAGAGUCUAUGGAGCAUGGGAUUGCCCACAAGUGCAGGCCAUUCACAACUACACACCACAGCAGCCCGACGAACUGGCCUUGCACGAGGGUGACGUCAUCAACGUACUUAGAAAGCUCCCGGAUGGCUGGUACCAUGGCGAGAGAUUGUGUGACGGCGUUCAGGGAUGGUUUCCCGCCAAUCACACCGAGAACAUUCGCAACGAACACAUACGAGCCCGCAAUCUCCUCCAGCGGUAUCGCCUGCUAGCCGCCUCCAAACAUCUGAUUAGCGCCACCAUGACAAUGAAGGCUGCCGCGAAAUCGAACAAGUCAGUCAAAGGCAUCCUAUAGGUUAUGACGUCAUAUCCGGCCAUAAAUGUACAGCAUAUUCAGCUUUUAUAAAGUAACUUGUUAGUUUAGCUGGGCGUCCCAAUGUCAUACAUUUUGAUACCAAUGUUUGUACUGUGAGUGUUCUUAGAGAAUAUUUUUAUAUACGAUUGCUGAUUCUGGAUGAUGCCAAAAUGAUAAAGUAGACUAAGAUCUGUCAAAAAGAUUUUUUUAAAUCUGAGUUCUGUAUGAAUUUUUUUGUGGACGGGUGUCUGAAUGACAGACUUGAUUAGAAAAUAUAUAAAUUACUGUGAACUGAAAUCGUACUUUUAAAGUCAUGUCCACUAUAAAUUCAUUUUUACUGACGCAAAGACAUUGUGGGGUUUAAAGGGAUAGCCUUCAUUCGAAGUGAAGUGAAACAUUUGAAUAUACCACAUAAUAAUCAAUGGAUACACGUACACAUGGUGAUCGAGGAAAGAAAAUCCGCAAUUGAACCACGUGAUCAUCAAUUAAAACAUGAGAAUCGAAAAAUCACGUGAUCAUAGAUUAGAACCACGUGUUCCGCAAUUGAACCAAGUGAUAAUCAGUAAACUUAUCCUUUCUCAGCCAUAACAUGCGAUCGUAACUUUUAGCCCAGGGUCGAAAGGGUCGAUGUCAUACACCCAUUUCAAAUAACGGUUGCACUCGGAGAAUCUUUGUGUCGUAACCCGCAGUGCUUCAUGGGUAUCAAAUAAAUAAUAAAACAAGUGUAUAAAUAAAGUCAAACACAGGUUUGGAGAGCUUUAGCAUUCUUGUUUAUGUACCUAGAAACGUUCAUACGGCAUUCAGAGACCAGGAUUCAGCCAUUUAUAUGUUACCCAUGAACCACUGCGGGUUACGAUACAUUGAUUCGCGGGUGUAACCUUAAUUGAAAUAGGUGUAUAAUGUUUUUAAAAGAUGUGAACGCGUCCCACUUAGUGAGAAAGACCAAGGAUCAAAUUAUAUGUAUGGCCGAACUGCAGAAUUGUAAAUUAAUUGCCCAAAUCACCAGCUUGUAAAAAUAAUCAAGAAUAUAAUAUAUUUUGAUUUGAAUGCUAA